CUCUCUUAUAUAUUCAUUUUUAUAUUCUCUCUCAUUUUUCUUUUUUUCUCAUCGACAAAAAAAACUUUAAAAAAAAGCUGUAAUGUAUACUUUAUGCAGUAGUCAUUUGUAUUUGUCAAUAAAUUCAUAGUCAUUUCUUUUUUUUUCUGUUUGUUUUUCCUAUCGUUAUCACUAAUUUGUCAAAACCUGGUGAUAGUGAUGAUUCAAACGUGGCGUUAUUUAUAUGUUUCACCAGUCAUUAGUAUUUUUCUAUGCUUUCACAUCAGCGUGAUUUGAUUAUAUAUUCAUCGUCUUAUAUGUAUUCUCCUCUAUUAGUCAUAUUUUUCUGUGUUGCCUACUGUUAGUUUGCUCUCUAUCAUAUAUCUUUGAAAGAAAAAAGAAAUAUACAACUAGUUACAUAUACUUGGAUAACAAUUAGAAAAAAAAUCAUCAAAAAUUCUUUUCAUUUAUCUAUUCUUUGAACAGAAGAAGAUAAUGUUCGAAAAAAUGCUAUCUCUUGUUUGCUGUUGCUUUUCAAUACUAACAUCAUCUACAGCAUCAUUACCAACAUCCUCUAUCAAACAUAAAUGUCAUACAGAGUAUAAACAAAAAAAAAGCUUUUGUGAUAUCUUGUCGUAAGUCAAGAAUGGGUAAAACAAAAAAAAACAAAAGAAUUAAAAAAACAUCCACCAACAUUAAAAUUAUGUUGACUGCAUGAAGAUAAAUAUAUAUAUAUAUAUGAAAGUCUUAUAAAUGCUCUUUGAUAUAUUUUUUAUUUUUUGUUGUUUUCUGGUCUUGUGAAAAAAAAACAUCUUUAUGCAUGAUAAUAAGCAUGGCUUCUUGUCUCCUAGACAUAAUUUUUCUAAGAAACUAAAUAGAAUAAAUACCAUAUUGAAUAAUUUUUUUCCAGCUUCAUCUAUUCCACGUGAACUUUCUUCAAAAAUAAUUCCAUGUACACCGACAACAGCUGAUUCAGUACAACAUCCAUUUUCUGAUGAUUCAACAAUUACAUUAAUUGCUGAUUCAUCAACAUUAAUAA